GUUAAUGAGGAACAGGGUGAAUGCGCAGCAAGCAAGGGAGAGGAAGCGACGACGCAUGGAGGGGCUAAAGGAGGAAUGCGAGGCGAAGGAGAGGGAGAACGAGCAGCUGGAAGGAAGGAUUGCGGCAGUACAGCAGGAGAACGAUCAGCUAAGGGAUGCAGUUAUUGCUCUUCUGGAGGCAACCAGUGGUCUCGAUACAAGCAGAUUCAAUACGAGCAUGCUCAAUACAAGCACCAUCAACAUAGACACUUCUACU